AUGAGAACUUCUUUAAAAAAUUUACGAAAUAAUAAUAAUCAUUUAAUUAAAUAUAAUAAUAAUAAAGAAUUAUCAUCAAAUAUAUCAAUAAAUAUCGAAGAAAAUAUGUCAAUAUUAACGAAGAAUAAUAAAAAUUAUCGAGAAAAAGAAAACAACGAAGAUAGUGAUGAUGAAGCAGAAGAAGAAGAAGAUGAUGAUGAUGAUGAUGAUGAUGAAAAUUCAAAACUUGUUUCUAUUAAAAUAGAACAUAAUCAAGAAGAAAGACAACAACAAACAUCUCCAACAAAAUUACGUUCUAUAUUACGAAAACGAACCGAGAAAAAAAUGUCAACAGAAACUUGUAGUAAUGUUCAACAAACAUCUAUCAUAAUAGAUGAGAACGCCAAUGAUGAUGACGAGAAAGAUGAUUACACAGGCGAUGAGAACGAACAAGAAAGUAAUGGUAGUAACAAAAGUAUAGAAGAGGAAAGUAAAAACAAUGAACAACAACAUCAUCGUUGUCGCAAUAUUUCUCGUCAUACGCAAAGGAAUCAAUUUUUUCGAACAUCACCAUCUACGUCCCUCAUAUUUCCAUUAGACACAACUAAAAUAGAAACAAGAACAACAGCAUCAUCAACAACUAUAGAAUUUCAUGAACGCGAUUAUUCUCCUACUCGUACUGCGUGCGUAACAUUUGCUAACGAUAAACCGACUCUUAUUCAUAGAAGUUCAUCAACACCUCAACUUAGUGGAUUUGAUAUUCAACCACGUUCAUCAGUUACAUAUAUAAAUAUGAGAGAAGAUAUGUCAACAACAAUACCUAUAACAACAACUGGACCAUCGGCUAGUUUAUCAGCGGAUUUUCAUCCUGUAUAUGUAUCACCAUUAAAAUAUCGACCAUUAGUUGGCCUAUCAGCAAAUCAGAGUCGUUUAUUACUUGAAAAACGUGUUUCAUUACUUGGAAAACCUCUUGUUUUACAUCCAAUUCAAAGACGUUCAGCAAAAUAUCGACGUAUUCAAUUACGUAUAUAUAAUUUUUUAGAACGACCACAUGGUUAUAAAGCUGUUAUUUAUCAUACAAUUGUGUUUCUCACCGUUUUUCUAUGUCUAUUUCUUUCUGUUGUGGUUACAAUGCCUGAGUACGAAUCAAUAGCAUCAACAGUGCUAUUACAAACUGAAAUUAUUGUCGUUAUAUGGCUUGCAACGGAAUUUGCAUUGCGUGUAUGGAGUGCAGGUUGUCGUUCUCGUUAUCAAACAUUAAUGGGUCGUUUACGUUUUAUGAAAAAGCCAUUUUGUGCUCUUGAUUUUACUGUAAUUAUGGCAACUGUUGUAACACUUUGUCUAAAUAGUCGAGGUAGUAAUGGAGUUUUUGCUGCAUCAGCAUUACGUGGUUUACGUUUUUUUCAAAUUUUACGUAUGUUAAGAAUGGAUCGUCGUGGUGGUACUUGGAAAUUAUUAGGUUCUGUUGUUUAUGCUCAUAGACAAGAACUUAUAACAACAAUUUAUAUUGAAUUUUUAGUACUUAUUUUUUCAUCAUUUGUUAUGUUUCUUGUUGAAAAAGAUAGUAUUAAUGAAAUAAAAGAAACAUUAAUUAAUAAUACAACAAAUGUAAUGACAACUAGUUCAAUUACAAAUUUUAUUGAUACAGAUCGACAUAAAUUUGAAACAUUUGCUGAUGCAUUAUGGUGGGGUAUUAUUACAUUAUGCACAGUAGGAUAUGGUGAUAAAGUACCAUCAUCAUAUAUUGGUAAAUUACUUGCUGCUAUAUGUUCAUUUAUUGGUAUUAGUUUCUUUGCUCUACCAGCGGGUAUUCUUGGUUCUGGUUUUGCAUUAAAAGUUCAACAACAACAACGUCAAAAACAUUAUAAACGACGAAAGAUUCCUGCAGUUUUAUUAAUACAAAAUUUAUGGCGUGUCUAUGCAGCUGAUGAAAAAUCUCUAUCAAAAGCAACUUGGAAAGUACAUGUACGUCCACCACGUAAAGAACCAAAUCCUUCUACAACAUCACAAACAAAUCCUAAUCCAGUUUCGUUUAGUUCAUUUAGAAUGCGUAAUAAUCAGUUUUUAAAUCGAGUCAGUUUUCGACGACGUACACCAGCACGUGAAACCCCAACGAUACCUCUAAAUAAUCCUACUAACAGAAAAACAGUUAGCAUUACACCAUCAGUAUCCAUGAACAAUCCACAAGAAGGUUCAUCAUCUGAUAAUGAAGACGAUCGUCAAUAUUAUGCAAAUGAUGUUCAAUCAUUAAAAUCAAUACAUCGACAUGCAAUUCGAUUUAUUCGAAAAGUUAAAUAUUUUGUAGCAAGACGAAAAUUUCGUGAAGCUUUACGUCCAUAUGAUGUGACUGAUGUUAUUGAACAAUAUUCAACAGGCAAUGUUGAUAUGCUUGCUAGAAUGAAAUAUCUUCAAGCUAGAUUGGAUAAAGUAUUGGGUAUAUCAAAAUCAGUUGAUAGUUAUGAAUCAGGUCCAAGUCUAGCAUCGAGAAUAUGUAAAAUUGAAAGACAGGUAGAUAGUCUGGAUAUCAAAGUAGAUAGACUCUGUCAAUUGACUAAUAGUUUAUUAGAAUGUAGUGUUCGGCAGCAAGCCUCAACUCCAACUACCACGGGACCUACUACCAUAAAUUGUAUUCGAAAUGGUAAUCGUUUUUCUGGCUCCCGUCGUCAACGACGACGAAUUCAUCCACGAACCACGAUAGCGGCAUCAUCACAAUCACCAUCACAAAUGCCAACUUCAUCCCGAACAAAUUCAAUGCAACCAUCUGUAAAUUUAUCAUUAUCAGCAAGAAAUCCAUCACAUGAAAGUCUUGUUAGUCUCUAUUGGCUCUUCCAAGAUAAUAUGAAUUCCUCAAGAACUCAUCAUGUCUAA